AAAUUUGCUUGUGCACAGUGUUCGUUUAAAACGGCACGGAAGAGUCACAUGGACAAACAUUCAUGUUUUCAUGAAAAUCGCAACGUUCAACUGUUAAAAUGCAAACAAUGUACGUUCGUAGCCAUUAGACGAUGUCAUUUAAAUCGUCACGAACUUCAACACCAUAGCACUACGAUCCACUCCUGUGACAAAUGUACAUUUACGACCAACCAAGCGUUUUAUUUACGGCGUCACAAGCGUCUGAAGCACAAAGCCAACAAGAAUUUCUUUACUUGUCCGGACUGCGACUUCACAACUAAUCAACGAGUGAAUUAUACCAGGCAUCUAAAAUUACAUGUGGUCACAGGAGAAAAACAAAUCUACAAAUGUGACACUUGCAAUUAUAAGACGGACGUGAACGCACGGUUUCAGCGUCACAUGACGGACGUUCACGGCGACGCUAGACCUUAUUUAUGUGACGAUUGUGGCAAAUCCUUUAAAAGAACUGACGCGUUGAAAGCUCAUAAAAUAACCCAUUUACAGCGAAAGGAUAGAAAUCUACCUCAUAUUUGUGAGAUCUGUUCUAAAGGAUUUGGUUCCAGGGCUCAUCUUAAAGAACACGAGAUAACGCACAAAAAGGAGAGGCCGUAUUUAUGUCAUCUGUGUGGAGCGUCAUUCAAGACUCAAUCCGUACAGAAAAAACACAUUGCAACAAUCCACGUGCAUCCGGGUUCAUUCACUUGUGACGUCUGCAACAAAAGUUUUAAUACAAGAUUUACUCUAAGUCGCCACAAACGAACGCACGAUAAUCCACCUCAAGUCGUUACCAACGUCAGCAUAGUGAACCUAAAUGUAGCAGACACAAUCGAACAAACUGACCAUUCAUUAGUCUCGGAUGUUAUCGACGAGAAUAUGGGAGAACCUUUCGACCAAUCAGAUGCUUUAAGACAGACGUAUACGCCAAACGAGACUACAACGGCUCUGUUUUAUUUAGCCGAAAACUUAACUCUUUAG